AUGGCAUUCAACUCCAAGAAGUCACCAGCUGGCCAUACCAUCAUCAUCCCCUUCCCUCUGGAAGAGUACCUCCACCUAGCGCUCUCCACGCACAACUACAAACUCCUCCAACCGCCCAACUUCUUUCCCGAAGUAUUCCGCCGUGCCCCUACGAUCCGGUAUAUCUCUCUCUAUCAAGGCCGAAAAUGCAUGGAAGCAAUUGGGAAGACGGGCUUGGAGAAGUCGAAGGUGAUGGAUGUGCCCCUUAUCUGGGUGAAGUGGUUUAAGGGGUUAGUUGAGGAUUCGAAUAAGAGACGAGAAACGUUGACCGAGUACUUCGGCACGGCGACAGUGGUGUACAAUCCGGCACAUGAACCGGAGCCAGAGUCCCAGCUGGAGCAGAACGAAACACUCGUCGACCGACCAAACCCUCCGGAUAUGUGUCAGCGACUUUCAAAGCGAGAUAUGGACGCAUCUAUUCCGAUUACCAUCGCUCCCCUCACCAUCAAUACCACCUCAGCCCGCGCUUCCAUCGCUUCCCUCGCCUCCUCCUCCUCUACCACCUCUCAAUCCCCCUCAAGACCAAAACUCCGAAAAUCCGAUCCCAAACUUGCAAUGAAGAAGAAAGCAUCAUCCUCAUUACUACUGAAACACGCGAAUAACCUCGACCUCGACCUCGCGGACGUUGAACGUGAACUCGAAUCACUCUUCGGUGAUACACCUCUUGCCUCCCGGACCAGUCCCACCAGCCCUACCAGUACUAUAUCCACGACUACAAACUCGGCGAAUACGUCUUUUAGUGAUGGAGGAUGGAGUACCAGGGCGACUACACCGAUGGGGCAUGUCAGUGGGGGUGUGAGGGUAUCUGUUCCGAGAGCGGAGGAGUGGGCGGAGCUAAGUUUCUUCUAAGCUUGGUUGAAGCAGAUCGAGAAGCAUACAAUAGAACCGCAAGAAUAUCACUGCAUACCCAUUGCACUUAGUCAUACCAUACAUCACUAUAUACAGCCGGAACAUAUCACACACACACUCACUUGCUGAAAUCUACC